AUGAAUUCAAGUGUGAACGACGAUGACGAUCCUUGGUCGUAUUCUUUCCCUCCGUCGCUCGAGUCGCUACCAAUCAAGAAGAGCGAUGCGAGCACCGAUAAGAUCGAUAAGCGAGGAUCAAACAAUGUGCACGAGAGCAACCAAGCAAUUGAAAAUGCUGGAAGAAAGCAAGUUGGAGAAGAUGAUGUAGGUGAUAAGAGCGAUGAAGAGGACCCAGAGGUCAAAGAAGAAGAAGAAGGCAAGGGCAAUGGCAAUGGCAAUGGCAAUGGCUUAUUGAAGGUAGAUACUAGGAUGGCCUUCUCGGUGGAUGAUAGCAAGGACGAUGUGAAUUCCACAGUGUCCAGCGAUUCCCAGUUUUCCAGUGCCGCUAAGAGUCCCAUUCCUUCCAGACUCUCCAACCAGUUUAUGAACACAACCAUAGGGGGCAACGGCCAUGCUAGCCACUCGUCUCUCUCGUUGCAAUCACCGUUUAUGAUGAAGCCCUUCCCGGCUGAUCCGUACAUCAACAAGGAAGAUGCAAAUUCAAUCCUAUCGAAGGAUUCGGAUGAGCAGAAGCUAAAGGGUGCUGCUAGUGCCACGCCGAAGAAGUGCUAUCUAAGUGGAGCACGGACUUCCCUCCAGCAGGCCUUUGACGAAGGCACUGCAAUCCAUUCAGAGGGAGAUGUAGUGAACGGAGGAGAUCAACCUACCCCGUUGCCAUCGCAAGGAUUGUCCUCGUUCGGCGCUAGAAGUAGUAGUGGUGGGAUACCAGAUGGCUCCCCUAAGAUUAUCACCUACAGGAAGUCUCGAGUGGGACGCCCUGAAAGUGAUGGCAACGUCCAGUACGAUAAUUCAGUCUUCUCCACUCCAAAAGAGAAGUACGAUACAAGACUCUACGUUGAAGAAAAGUACAAAGACACCAAUUACAGGUACGCAACGAUCAAGAGAAAUACAGAGUUCCACCAAUUGUUCACUUCCCUAGACCUUACCGAUAGAUUAUUGGAUGAUUUCUCUUGUGCCUUAAGCAGAGAGAUUUUGUUACAAGGUAGGUUAUACGUCAGUGAGCGUCAUGUUUGCUUCAAUUCCAACUUAUUGGGGUGGGUUACUAAUGUCAUUAUUGAACAGUCUGAUAUAGUUAAAUUCGAAAAGAAAUUGACGGCGGGGUUAUUCCCCAAUGGAAUGUUAAUAGAGACAAAAGAUGCAAAGCAUAACUUAGCAAGUCUUAUUUCAAGAGACUCUACAUUCGAGUUUAUGAAAGAAGUAUGGCAGGGAUCUACUGGUAAGAUUAUGGAUACGUCGACUAUAACUGUUGGUGACAAUAGUACAAUAGCCUCAAAUGGAAGCUAUUCUAUAGAUGCGAAUGGUAUUAUUCAGAUGGAAGCUGCAGCUUCUGGUGUUUCGGAAUUGGAAAGGAAGGAACAGCAAUCUAGGUUUGAAUCGUACAUACUAUCCAUAGAUGGAGAUGACAACCCUGACUCUCCUUCGAGAAUAGAUGACCCUGACUCCGAUUCAAAUUAUUCAGUUGACGACGAUGAAGAUGACGAUAAGCAUGAGGAUGGACAAAGUUCCGAAUAUCUAACCUCUGAUGCUCCAAACCAGAUUGUUUUCAAAGAGGAAGAGGACCACAAAGAUAUCAGUGAAAAUAAAUUGAGCGAUGAAGUAGAUGAAAAGGGUGAUGUACAUAUUUCAGAAAAUGAUUCUACAUCGACGUCAAUUAAGGUCAUCAAAUUUAAACCAGACUCAAAAUACAUAAAUAUGGGACCUGACAGCCAUUCUCCGACUAUAUUACCAACAGAUUUUGCUAAAGAAAAUAGCGAAGUCUUUCUUUGCAAAGAGCAAUUCGAUGUACCUUUAGGAAUUGUUUUCAAUAUCCUUUAUGGUUCAGAGAAUACGGAGUUCCACAAAGAGUUUCUUGAGGAUCAUGAUGCAUCUGAAAUAACUGAGUACGACAAAUUCCAUCCACUGAAAGACGACCCAACCAAGUUAGAAAGAAGUUACUCUUACAGGAAAGCGUUGGGAUACACCAUUGGGCCCAAGAGUACCAAAUGUGAAGUAGUCGAAUUCAUCGAACAUCUUGAUUUCAACCAGUAUAUUAAUGUUUUGACAAGAACAGUGACCCCUGAUGUUCCGCUGGGGAAUUCAUUCUCGGUCUGGACCAGAUACUGUUUCACUUGGGGUCCUAAUAAUUCCACCAUUCUCGAGAUGUCUUAUUUCAUUAAAUGGACGGGCCGGUCUUGGAUCAAAAGUGUAAUCGAAAAACAAUCAUUAUCAGGACAAAAGCAAGCCACCGAUGAUUUAUUAGUUAAAUUGAAAGCAGCAUUAGAAAAGGAAACAAUUGAAGUGCAAGCUCAAGUGUCGAAGACUAAACCACCAAAGGUUAAGAAAGUUAAAACUAGCAAAACUAAAGUGUCUACGCCCCUUCCAAGUUCAAGGAACGAAUCCACGGCACCUAUUGCAAGUUCAAAGUACUCCUUUAAUGAAAUUAUUAGAACUAAUAUUGUUACCGUUUGUUACUUCAUAUUUUCAUUUUUAGUGAUGCUCUUGAUUUUGGAAUUGAGAGUUUUCAAGAUUGCUAACGAGAAUAACCAGCUACUCCGCCACCAACUUUUAGUUACGUCCCAUCUAGUGUUUUCUUCACAGGCUUUAACGAAGGCUAAUGGAAAGGGGGGAGAGAAAGCAUAUUUGGAAAUGUUAAACAAAGCAGAUGGGGUGAAAGACUCGGACUUUUGGAAAUUUGUUCAAGAUUCAGAGCAGUCUGAAUUGAACCUUUUAGAUAAAGUCGAAUUUCUUACCAAUCAAUUGCGAUUAUUGUAUCAAAAGGAGGACGAGUCUAGUCAGCAUGACAUUUUCGAAAGCAUAGAGGCGAAGUUUAAUGAGUUAAAACAGCAAGCCAAUGAAUUUAAGUAUCAGGAUUAUAUCAAUGUUGGAGCAUUGAGAAAUGCUAUUGGCGAUCUUUUAUAA